AUGCAGAGCGGGAGACCCUUUCCUGGUCUUGGCAAAGGAACAUACUCGAAGGAGGAAAUACUGGCCUGGCUGAUAACGACAUGCCGCGAUCAUUUCGGGGGCCACGCGAACAAGCAAGUAGCUGACCUGGUAGAGGUGGACGACGACGCGGACUCAGACUCUACGUGCGAUCUGACAAAUGAGGAAGACGGUGAAGAGGAGGAAGCCACGGAGGCGCAUGCCGACACAGGGGUCCGUGCACCGUCUACGCUGUUGCUCACGCGGAAGCCGAGGACGCGCCAUACCCAAUCGCUGUUGACCAAGGGGGGUAUGUCAGAUCCAUUGCUGAGCGGAGAGGCGGGGACUAUGCACGUCAACGACGCGGAGUGUGGGUUCAUGAAGGGUGCUCUACAAGAGGCCGAAAGACUAAGGGUGCAGCGGCGCAGACAGGCGGAAGGGAGUUCACAAGAGGUGAAGUUGGGAGAGCAUGCGGCGGCUCGGACGGUGGCAGCAAGUAAUGUUGAACGGCAGAUCGAGCAGCGCAGACAAGGCGGAGAGACAUCUGCAAAAAAAUUGAAGAAGCUUCCCGACGACGACCGAAAGAGUGGACCGCAGGAGCUCGCGGCGGAUACGGAUGCGUCGAGAGAGAGGGGGGAGUUGGUCGGUCAUACUAACAUCCAUGGCAUGACUCUGGGUGUCGCCACGGAUGUUGAAGCGGUAGAUAAGGAAGUACAAAAAGGUGGUGAAAACGGACAGCCACAGACAGGUGUGGGCAAGGGGAAUGUGCGAGAGGGGGCGAAGGGGGCAAUGGGGGAACUAUUGGCGCACACCGGUUCGGAGGGUGCUGUUGAAGGUGUCGGAGAGGACGUGCAGAUCAAGGAAAGAGGAGGCGAACACGACACGGUGGAAGAGAAAGAACAUGGGAGCUCGGACGGCAAGGAGGCAGAGAGGGUGGAUGAGACUUCUGGAGAAAAGAAGAAUGCAGAUGUGGUCGUUCAAAUAGCAGACAUGGAAGCGGAAGAGAAGCGUCUGGCAGCGAAGGAAGAGGAGGAGAGAACUCGGGCUGCGGAGCGUACGAGGGCUCUAGCGUCGGAGAGGGCGCGACUAUCUGCUGCACGACUUUGA